UGGGCCGAACGUCAUAAUAUUACAAUGAGAAAAGGAGGCAUAUUGUGUAAAGGACUAGCGUACUAAAGUUUUAGCUCGACGAAAUGCUUUCUUAGCAAUGACACUGCCAACAGAGCAUUUUAAGCGGCGUUACGGAUUUCGUUGAGAUACCUCUGGCAACCGACACGGAACGCAAUAAUGAGUUCUUCUGUUGCAGAACUUAUUACAGAAUAUUCUUAACGCUGACAGAAGAACGAAGAAAUAACUCUCAAAUCCUGCGGCGAAUGGAGUUAUUGAGUGUAAGGAAGCAUACCUAACAUCUUUAUGGCCUAAUGUCUUACAAGUUAAAGGAACCUUUAUCUUGAACAUUUAAUAUUUUGCUCACUAAAUAAUAGAAAAAUGAGCAGAAUAGAAAGCAGUUUGGAUAAUGGUUGGCACGAAUGUGCCAAGUGGUUAACCAGAUGUGGAGCUUUAAGAGCGGAUCAUAAAGCAAAUUGGCCAAAAGCAACAGCAGUUGAUUUAGCAUAUACAUUACGUGACGGUGUAUUACUAUGCAAUCUUUUAAAUACAGUGGAUCCUGGUUGCAUAGAUAUGAAAGAUGUAAAUCAAAAACCGCAAAUGGCACAAUUUUUGUGUUUACGAAACAUAAAAGUAUUUUUAUUGGCAUGCUCAACUAUUUUUGGCCUGUCAGAUUCUGACCUCUUCGAACCCUCCAUGUUGUUCGAUUUAUCAAAUUUUCAUCGUGUAUUGUGUACUUUAUCUGUUCUUUCAAACUGUUCUCGUUUAAGACGCAAGGGAAUUCCUGGAUUUUCUAUAGGUCAUGGUAGAUCGCAAGAAGAUAUUUACAAGGGCUUACAAAGUGCUGGUGCAGGCCGUGAGGAUGAAGGUCGCCGCAGAAGGUUUAGAAGGCGGGAAGGGAAUGAGGCAGGUGGAGGAGGGGACAACGAAGAUCCAGUUGGGGAGGAAGAUGGCUACGGAGCAUUUUGCAGUCAUGCUCAAAGCGAAGAAAUCUACCAGGACCUUUGUAGUCUACACUUGCCACCUCCUCCAUCUGUUGCACAGGAUGGUGCAAUCUCUGGUGGAGAGAAAAGGGACUAUGUGAUCCAAGAACUUGUCGAAACAGAACGGAAUUAUUCUGACGUCCUUAACAGUUUGCUCAGACACUUUGCUAGACCUCUUUCAUCAUUACUACGGCCUGAAGAUUCAGCACGCAUAUUUUUUGGCAUAAAGGAACUCGCAGAAAUUCAUGCCGGUUUUCAUAGCCAACUUCGAAAGGCAAGAACCGGCGCAGCUUUAGCGCAAGUUUUCCUCGAUUGGCGAGAAAAGUUCCUGAUUUAUGGCGAUUAUUGCGCAAAUCUUACACUUGCACAAAACACGUUACAAGAAGCUUGUGCGCGAAAUGAAUUAGUUAAUCAAGAAGUUAUUCGGUGCCAACAAGAAGCUAAUAAUGGUAAAUUCAAGUUACGGGACAUACUAUCUGUUCCAAUGCAAAGAGUAUUGAAGUAUCACUUAUUGUUGGAUAAACUAGUAGAAGAAACUCCUUGUGAGUGGCAAGAAGAUAGACGUCAGCUUGGCCAAGCUAGAGAGGUUAUGGUUGAUAUAGCUCAAUAUAUUAAUGAAGUGAAACGUGACUCCGACACCUUAGACAUUAUAAAGGAUAUUCAGGCGUCAAUAAUUGAUUGGGAUGUUCCUGAGGAUGUACAGUUAAAAGACUUUGGGCGACUACUUAGAGAUGGAGAGCUCAAGGUAAAAGCUCACGGUGACCAACGAAUAAAGGCGCGUUAUGCAUUUGUUUUCGAGCAAGUAGUAUUAAUUUGUAAAGCGUGUAGAGGAGAACAGUACUGUUACCGUGAAACUUUACGGCUAGAUGAUUAUAGACUGGAAGAUGUUACAGCAAGACGUAUACUUGGCAAAGAUUCUCGAUGGACCUACCAAUGGAUGCUUGUCCAUAAACAAGAAUAUACAGCAUAUACUUUAUCUGCAAGAACGGAAGAACAAAAACAAAUGUGGAUCAAGGCAUUACAAGAUGCAAUGGAUAAUGUUAAUCCCGCUGCAUGUCGCAACACAAACCAUAAGUUUAAAGUCACUACAUUUGAUAAUCCGCUUAGUUGUCAGCGAUGCGGCAAAUUUCUAAAGGGUCGCAUAUUUCAGGGAUAUCGGUGUGAAGUUUGCCGCGUUGCUGUGCACAAACAGUGCAUUGCACAUUCCGGUCGGUGUACUCCGGCACCACCCCCACCUUCACCUCCGCCACCUCUACCAUGUGAACGUGCUCUUUCAGUGAAAUUAUGGUUUGUAGGAGAAAUGGGUCGAGAUACAGCUUCUAAUAAAUUAGAACCCCGCGAAGAUGGCACAUACAUGCUGCGAGUGCGACCCGCAGGACAACCGCGUUUACAACAUGAAACUAAUUACGCUCUUAGUAUCAAGGCUGACGGAGCAGUAAAACAUAUAAGAGUAUUUAAACGCGACGUCGAUGGAGCUGAUUUAUUUUAUCUCAGUGAAUCUCGGUUCUUUAAAAGCGUAGUUGAACUCGUCGAAUAUUAUGAACGGGCUUCAUUGGCAGAAAAUUUUGAAAAAUUAGAUCAACGUUUGUUAUGGCCAUAUAGACGUGUAUUAGCUAAGGCACUGUUCGAUUUUCGUGGAGGAGAACGCAAUCAACUAAGCUUACGACGAGGCUGUAGAGUCGUAGUGCUGAGUAAGGAAGGUGAUGCCAAAGGAUGGUGGAAAGGAAAAAUAGGAGAUCAAGUAGGAUUUUUUCCGAAAGAAUACGUCGAGGAAGAGUAAAUAUAAAUU